GGGAGGAUUAUACAAAAGUCCUGCCAAAACCUCGCUGAGAUGUCGUGCUACCUGCAGCAGUGCCUCCCUCCAGUCUACCAGGACCCCAUCCCCAUCAAGUGUCCGCCAAUGUACGCUGCCAGACACCUGCCACUGCCUACCUGGCACUCGACACUGUGCAUCCCGCAGUAUGUGACCCCCUGUGUCCCCCGGCAGCGGAUCAUGUCCUCCAGCUUCUCCCAACAGCAGUGUGUGACCAAGUGCAUGCCACGGCAGCAGUAUGCAACCAAGUGUGUGCCGCAGCAGCAGUGUGUGACCCAGCGCAUUCUACAGCAGCCAUGCGUAACUCGGUGCGUGACGACCUGCGUGCCGCAGCAGCAGUGUGCGACUCAGGGUGUGUCGCAACAGCCUUGUGUGACCAAGUGUGUGCCGCAGCAGCAGUGUGCUACCAAGUGUGUGCCACAACAGUGCGCAACCAAGUGCACGACCACCUAUGCUCCCCAGCAGCAGUGUGCGACCAAGUGCAUCCCGCAGCAGCAGCAUGUGACCAGGUGUGUGACUACAUGUGUGCCACAGCAGCCGUACCUGACCAAGGGCAUCCCACAGCAGCAGUGUGCAACCAAGUGCAUCCCACAGCAGUGUGUGACCACGUACAACCCCCAGCAGCAGUGUGCAACCAGAUGUGUCACCACGUGUGUCCCGCAGCAGCGUGCAAGCAAGUGUGUCUCGCACCAAUUUGUGACCGCUUGUGCCCCACAGCCAUGUGCCACCACGUACGUCCCUCAGCAAUGUGCGACCAGGUGUGUGACCAAGUGUAUUCCACAGCAGUGUGCCACCAAGUGUCCUACCAUUUGUAUCCCGCAGCAGUGUGAAACAGCUUGUGUCCCACAGCAGCAGUGUGCAACCAAAUACAUCCCACAACAGCCAUGUGUGACCAAGUGUGUCCCACAGCAGCAGUGUGCCACCAAAUGUGUCCCGCAGCAGCAGUGUGUGACCAAAUGUGCCCCACAGCAGCCGUGUGCCACCAAGUGUGUCCCACAGCAGCGGUGUGCCACCAAAUGUGUCCCACAGCAGCCGUGUGUGACCAAGUGUGUCCCACAGCAGCAGUGUGCCACCAAAUGUGUCCCGCAGCAGCAGUGUGUGACCAAAUGUGCCCCACAGCAGCCGUGUGCCACCAAGUGUGUCCCACAGCAGCGGUGUGCCACCAAAUGUGUCCCACAGCAGCCGUGUGUGACCAAGUGUGUCCCACAGCAGCAGUGUGCCACCAAGUGUGUCCCACAGCAGCAGUGUGCCACCAAAUGUGUCCCACAAGAGCCGUGUGUGACCAAGCGUGUCCCACAGCAGCAGUGUGCCACCAAGUGUGUCCCACAGCAGCAGUGUGCGACCAAGUGUGUCCCACAGCAGCAGUGUGCCACCAAGUGUGCCCCGCAGCAACAUCAAUCAGGUGGAGUGAAAAUUUCGAGUCAUUCCAAAAAGUACUGCUCUGCGUCCAAAUGGCCCUGGUAA